AGAUUGGCUGGCCGCGCCUCCGCGGCACUUCAAAGCCGGAGAGGGAGCUACAAUUGUGGUGGAAUGGGCGGAACUGAUCAUUGUAUUGCACACCUCUAAAAAAACACUGCCUCUGAUUUAUCAAUAUAAAAAAGAUCCUCUGAGAGGAGGAGGGCACUUUUGUGUGAUGGCAACUUCACUUCUAGGGCGUGGUGCUUGCUCCCGAAUCAGACGCCGGCAGCCAAACUUGUCCCCUCCUGUAGAGUAGGAAGCGGCCGGGCGCCGGGGCUGUUGGGGGUGCCAGGAAGAACCGAGGUUGGGAUCGACUCCUCUGGCCAUGCUUGCUGCUACCUGUAAUAAGAUAGGCAGCCCCAGCCCGUCUCCCUCCUCCCUCUCGGACAGCUCUUCUUCCUUCGGCAAAGGCUUCCACCCCUGGAAACGCUCCUCGUCCUCUUCUUCCGCCAGCUGCAACGUAGUGGGUUCCAGUCUCUCAAGCUUCGGCGUGUCCGGGGCCUCCAGGAACGGCAGCUCGUCCUCGGCGGCUGCGGCGGCCGCGGCAGCAGCCGCGGCUGCCGCGGCCCUGGUGUCCGACUCGUUCAGCUGCGGCGGCUCGCCUGGCUCCAGCGCCUUCUCCCUCACCUCCAGCAGCGCCGCAGCCGCCGCCGCCGCCGCCGCAGCCGCCGCCUCCAGCUCGCCCUUCGCCAACGACUACUCUGUUUUCCAGGCCCCCGGAGUUUCCGGGGGCAGCGGCGGCGGCGGCGGGGGCGGCGGCGGCGGCUCCUCCGCGCACUCGCAGGACGGCUCCCACCAGCCGGUGUUCAUCUCCAAGGUGCACACCUCUGUGGACGGGCUGCAGGGCAUCUACCCGCGGGUGGGCAUGGCGCACCCGUACGAGUCGUGGUUUAAGCCCUCGCACCCGGGCCUGGGUGCUGCGGGCGAGGUGGGCUCGGCCGGCGCCUCCAGCUGGUGGGACGUGGGGGCCGGCUGGAUCGACGUGCAGAACCCGAACAGCGCGGCUGCGCUGCCCGGCUCGCUGCACCCUGCCGCCGGGGGGCUCCAAACCUCGCUGCACUCGCCGCUCGGAGGCUACAACUCGGAUUACUCGGGCCUGAGUCACUCGGCUUUCAGCAGCGGCGCCUCCUCGCACCUGCUCAGCCCCGCCGGGCAGCACCUCAUGGACGGCUUCAAGCCAGUGCUACCCGGCUCCUACCCGGACUCGGCCCCGUCGCCGCUGGCCGGCGCGGGGGGCUCCAUGUUGAGCGCUGGGCCUUCGGCGCCGCUGGGGGGCUCCCCGCGCUCCUCAGCUCGCCGCUACUCCGGCCGCGCCACCUGCGACUGCCCCAACUGCCAGGAGGCAGAGCGGCUGGGCCCUGCCGGGGCGAGCUUGCGGCGCAAGGGCCUGCACAGCUGCCACAUCCCGGGCUGCGGCAAGGUGUACGGCAAGACUUCGCACCUCAAGGCGCACCUGCGCUGGCACACGGGCGAGCGGCCCUUCGUGUGCAACUGGCUUUUCUGCGGCAAGCGCUUCACGCGCUCCGACGAGCUGCAGCGGCACCUGCGGACCCACACCGGCGAGAAGCGCUUCGCCUGUCCAGUUUGCAACAAGCGCUUCAUGCGCAGCGACCACCUCAGCAAGCACGUGAAGACGCACAGUGGCGGCGGCGGCGGCGGCUCGGCGGGCUCAGGCAGCGGCGGCAAGAAGGGCAGCGACACCGACAGCGAGCACAGCGCCGCGGGCAGCCCGCCCUGCCACUCCCCAGAGCUGCUGCAGCCCCCCGAGCCCGGGCACCGCAACGGCCUAGAGUGACGCCCACCCUGCGCCCGCCCCUCUCCCCGACCUCCUCCCACCGAGUCCUCUUGGGCCCUGUCUGUCCCGACUUCAACUCCAGCCUUUCCCUAUUGCAUCCGACUCGCUCUCUGUCUCUUUCUGUUUCUGCCCCUCCUCUUCCUUCUUCCUUCUGCGACUUAACUUUGUAAAGGGGAUAUGGACAAGUAAGUAACACCCAUCGCUGUCCCGGGCCCUGGCUUUCCCUUUCCACGGGUAACGCUGCCUGAACCCGUUGCAGCCGGAACCCGCGCCUCGUCGGGCCUUUAUUUCUCGUUCUCCCUUCCUUGUCCUCCCCUCCUCCACCCCCCAGGUUGUGAAGGGCGUAACUUUUAGAGGGAAGCGGCCACUGGAGGUAGAGCUGGACUAAUCCAGUGCCUGGUAGACCGCGGGCCUCGGCGCGGGCAGGAGCCGCUCGGCUGAGCAAGCCUGAGCCGGAGCGGUGGAGAGGGAGAGGCUGGAGGCCUGGGCAGAACAGCGCCGCCCGGGCAGACGGCUACUUGGUUCCAGAGCCGCUGUCCUGAGCACCUCGGCUUCGGAGCACCCUGCCAGGCCCCUGGGCAUCGCCGGACGUCCUACUCAGGCUGUCGGGGCUUGGUGGGGGUGCACUUUUGGCAGCCCCGAGACCCAGAGUUUGUAGAGUUUAGAUCUCCCAAUGUCAGCUCUGCCUCUUUUUCUUUGUUCCCUGAGGUGGAACCGAUGCAAGUUUCAGCAAAGGGCAGUCUUGUCGAAUCGCUGCAGCAGCUUUCUUUCAUCUUUAUAGCAUAUAUUUUAUUUUUAAAAAACUAAGGGGAAAAUAGCAACCUCCCAUUUGGUUUCCCUUCUAUAAUAGUUUUUUCCUCUAACGGGGAGCAACUCUUUCUCUCGAAACUGCUAAUAUUGAUCCCAAAGUUAUUUUGACUGCAUUAACUUAACUUACGGGGUGGGGGCGGGGGUGAGGGUAGGCGUUUUUUUCUUAUGCAAAAAUACUCCUUUCCGGUGAGACCAGAUUAACUGUCUCCAUGUUUGUCCUUUUCUACCUCGUUUUUUCGCCACUCCCAAACAUAACCUCCCAAUCUUUUUUGUUAGUCCGGCCGUCAAUUUGUAUAGUACCAAUUUCUGUAAAUUCUCUCAAUUCUUUGAAGAUCGUAGGGUUAAACUUUUUUGUGUGUGAUUUAAACUUACAAACAAGUGAAGAAGCUAUCGUUUAUUUCAGACGAGGCUGUAGUUUAAAUACCAAAAGAGGGAAAAUAAAAAAGAACCUUUGUAAAAUAUAUCUGAACCUAAUGGUUUGUACAACUGGAGAAUCGUUCUAGAUUAGUUACCAAUUAAAUAUAACUCCGCCAGUGUAAGGGUGUGAGGUGCAGUUGUCCAGGAGACGAUUUUGUAUAGUAUUUUUCUUGUACAUUACUUCCAGUAAAUAUUUGAAAAUAUAUUGAAGUAAACUUGAUUUUUUUUUUUUUGUCACAAGAAAAUAUUAAGAGUUAUUGUUGCAGUUCUGAUGAGCUGCAGGUUUUUUGAACUCACUUCUGGAGGUGCAGAGCCACAAACGCACUUUCGGGGCCUAGUUUUGCUCGAAUAUGAAUUUAGAUAGGUAUCAAGCUGUAACUAAGACAAUAUUUGAUAAAUGUUGGAUGACAUUUAAUUUAAUGGAGCAUGUACUUAUUUGCAUUUGCUGGCAGUUCAGGCAUAGUUAAAGUGAGAGUUCUCCUAUAUUUCAUAAUAAGUGGGUCUGCCAAAACCCAUGUAUUAAAUAAAUUGUCCAAGUGAAACUCGACUAACUUUGGCCUUUGUGUAUUUCCUGAAGGUACUAUUGUUAACUGUUAAUAAAUACUUCUGACACUACAUUUAAAUGUUUGCAGAUUCUGCAAACUAAUUGCUCAUUGUAAUGUUGAAAUAAUUUGGAUAUUUCACAUUGAAAUGAAAAGCCUUUCUCUGGAGCAUUUUAGAUUUGCAUUUUAAAUGCAUGAAAUGUAAUUGAUUUAUUUGUAAUAUUUUAAAUGGUAUUAAUAAACUCAGAUAAAAGACUAGGCCAGUUAAUUUGUAUUUUUUCCCCUUUUUAAACUAUGGACGUGCAUUUUAUCUUCAGUUAAUUGUCUAAUUUAAACAAAAUAUAACCUUGUUUGUGGUAAUAUUUAAAUAAUUACCUUUAAGAUGUUAGAUGGAAAGAUCUAUUUGGCAAAGCUGUGUUUUCUCUGUUUACCAAGAUAAAGAUUAUAGUGUCUAAGGAAUGUAAUUGAUUAUUUACCAGUAGAUUUAGCUCAUAGCAUCAGGAUUUACUGACCUCUUAAAAUUUGUACUAAGUCACAAUUCAAAGAAAUUUCACCAUUCUCUUUCCUUCUCAGUCUCCAGGAGUCAGGUUGUUGGCCAUUGAUUGCAUUUAGUAUUUAAAAGGCCAAGCCUUACAUUGGAAGAUCAAUACAUCUAAAAUAAAAACAUGGGUUUGGGGAUAACUUUUGUUGUUAGGAGGUGGAGGAGGUCAAGCUAACAAAAGCUUGUUUUUGGCAUUCCAAGUCUUAGCUAAAGAUUACGUAGAGGUAAAUAUCAGUAGUAGAUUCCUGUUGAAAUGAGUUAUCUGUUCUUUUAAAGUCUCUAAACAGCCACCAAAGAAAAGGAAGGUUAAACCUUAAUCUAUUUACUAGGCUAUUGUUCAUAGGUGUCAAUGAUGCCAAUAAAAAAUACUGUCUUGUUAUGUCUAAGUGCAUUUAAGCAAUGGGUGUUCCUUGAGCCAUACUUUGAAACAUAAAAUACUCUAAGUGUUGAUUGAUGUUAUAUCACUAUUUCACUAUUAGAUUAAUAUUAUUAUUUUGAAUCAAAUUGAAUAAAAAGUUAGUGUGUUUGGA